AGAUGAGGACCUUUUCCCUGCUUCUGUUGGUUGCAUUUGCAGCCCUGGCAGAGUGUGGAGAAGGCAACCACAUCAAACGUGACAAGCGGGAGCUUUUGGCGCGUUCCAAAAGAAGGUGGGUUUUGUCUACAAUUGAAAUAGUGGAGGAAGAUAAUGGGCCAUUCCCCAAACAAAUCUCUCAGAUGUUCAAUGACAAGACACAUGACGAGGGGCAGAAGUACCGAAUCAGUGGAAUGGGUGUGACUGAGCCGCCACUGGGAGUGUUCUCCAUCAAUGAAAAUACCGGAGUCGUCUAUGCCCAUACAUCUGUUGACAGAGAGGAGUUCAAUCUCUUCAAAAUCAAGUUUGAUAUCUUGAGCAAAAAGACGGAUACGGCAAUAGACAAAGAACUGGCUUUCAAUGUAGAAAUAAAGGACAUCAAUGACAAUGCACCGAAAUUUCAACACUCUCGUAUGAAAGCCAGCAUAAAGGAAAGUACCCAAGACGCGUACUUGCCGGUGCAGCUGUUGGUCACUGACAUCGAUCAGAGGAACACAUCCAACUCUAAAGUCACCAUCAGGGUGCUUUCACAGAAGCCGGACUCUCCCAAGAUUAGUUUGAUUCAGAUUGACAACAGAAUGGCCCAACUCACCGUUGAAGGAUGUUUUGACUAUGAUAAAGUAAAUAAAUAUGAAGUUAUUGUUCAAGCAAAAGAUCAUGGAACUCCGUCCCUUUCCUCGACUGCCGUUGUUACUCUCAAUAUUGUUGACACAAACAGCCAUCAACCAACGUUUAAGGAAAAGGAGUACUACGGCCAGGUGGAAGAAUCGAUCACCAAGGACAAUGUUUUGAGGAUUGGGGUAGACGACAAAGACACUCCUAAAACUCCAGGCUGGCGUGCCAAAUACUACAUCAUUAAAGGGAAUGAGGGAGAAAACUACAAAAUUGAAACUGACCCUGAAACUAAUGAGGGUAUUCUGAGUGUCAUCAAGGGCAAAGAUUUCGAGAUGACAACUAAUACCACUCUGCUGAUCAGAGUGGAGAAUGAGGAGGAAAUGUUUUAUUGCAAAAAUAAAGCAGCUGGUGGAACAGACAAACCUCCACCUCCAAAUGAAGUCAGCGUCACAAUGAAAGUGAUAGAUGUCAAUGACCCCCCUUAUUAUGCAAAAACUGAAUUUGACGUGUUCCAGAGAGAAGAGGAGGAGCCUGGAAAUGUGCUGUUCACUCCAGUAGUUAAAGAUCCCGACUCAGACGAAUCCAAAAUCAGGCAUGUGCUGUUAGAGGAUCCAGCUGACUGGGUGAAGAUCGAUGCGAAAACAGGCAAAAUCACAACAACUAAGAAGAUGGACAGAGAGUCGCCCCAUGUUGAUAACUACAUUUACAAAAUCGUCGUUGGUGCCAUAGAUAAUGGUGAGCCUCCAGCCACGGGAACAGCCACUGUCAUGGUCCACCUCCAUGAUAUCAAUGACAACAUCCCCACGCUGGUCAGCAAAGGCAUAAUUUUGUGUGGAAACAAGAAUAACAAAGUCAUGGUGCCUGCCAAGGACGCAGAUGGACAUCCUUUCGGUGGGCCCUUCUCCUUCCAGCUGGGGGGCGAUGACAAAACUCUGAAACAACGAUGGAAACUAGAUCCUGCCUUUGGUGACGAAUGUGGGCUUGUUAUGCUGAAGGAACUUGCGUAUGGUAACUACUCAGUGCCCCUGACGAUCAGUGACCACCAGGGCACGAGUGGAAGUGACACUGUGGAAGUGAUGGUGUGUGACUGUGGAGGGGGAGAUGUUUGCCGUAGCAAAGACCUGCCCUCUUCCAGGCUUGGGCCAGCGGGCAUUGGACUGCUCUUUCUAGGACUUCUAUUAUUUUUGUUGCUGCUGCUCAUCUUCCUGUGUCAGUGUGGAGAAAAGGAGUUCAAACAUAUGCCCAUGGUGCAGGAUGAGGGCAACCAGACCCUCAUCAAGUACAACCAAGAAGGAGGGGGCUCGGAAUGCAAGACUGAGCCCACUCUGCUCCUGACACCUACAACCAGUAUGACGGUGACAGACGGCAUAAAAAUGGGCACCAUGAAGACGUCUCAGGCGGCUCCAGUAAUGGCCCAGGAUGUGGAUGCGUACAACAGCUCAGUAUUCAACACGAUGAACUCUAACAUGAACUCAAUGGGCAUGCAGCGUCACGACACUGUCAGAAGCCAGGGCGCAGGGCAGGCCAUGUACUCUGCAUGGAAUACAAACAGGUCCAGCGCCUACCAUGGAGGCUCAUCAAAAUACAACCACUCUUACAGCCUGCGCUCAAGUCAUAACAUCUCCGAUCACAUCGACAGGAGGCUGUACGUGAUUGAAGGAACUCAUGUAGACCACCCAAUGUACCUUCCCUACGAGUAUGCCUACGAGGGACAGGGCAGCAAAUGCCAGUCACUGGAUAAGCUGUCACUCAGCAACCUGGGAGACGAUAUGAUGUUUCUGAAUGACCUGGGGCCAAAGUUCAAGACCUUGGGAACCAUCUGUCAGCAGACAGUUACAGAAAAAAACAUACAGCUCUAAAAAGCACCGCUGCAGUGUGAUUUUUAUAUGAAAAAAGUUACUCUGCGCUCCAAGUUUGAGAUCAUGAAUAUGGAGUGACCUUUCUGGAUCUUGGAAGAAAAGAUAAACAACGAUCGCUGGAAUUUGUACUUGUGCCUUUCGGACUAAAACAUCUCACAUAUCUAAAGCCUGAUAUUGUACACGCACAUCUAUCCACAAAACAAGGAUUAUGUUUAUAGAGGCUGUAUUUUGCUUGCUUAAAGAUGGAAUGAAUGCACUGCACAAACUGUCAUGCUCUGGUGAUUUUGAAAUGUUACGUUUCGACAGUGAAUGGGUGUGUUUGCUUGUUGUUGUUUUUUUUACUUUGCUACUUUAUGAGUAAGUCCUGUCAUGUCUCAACACUUUUAGCAGCACAUCAUUUGUAACUCUAGAGGUUUUAUAGGGCAGUUUUAUUUUUUAUGUCUCAAACUGUAAAUUUAUCU